GGCUGCCACCAUGUUGUGCGGGGGCACCUCGGCGGCCCGGCCCGCCACCGACGAGACGCAGAAGAUCGCGGAGGAGGUGAAACCUCAGCUAGAAGAAAAAGAAGGGAAAACAUUUGACGUCUUCACUGCAGUGGAGUUUAAAACUCAGGUGGUUGCUGGAACAAACUACUUCAUCAAGGUCCAUGUUGGCAAUGAUGAGUUCGUGCACCUGCGGGUGUUCAGAAGCCUUCCUCACGAGAAUAAGCCGCUGAGUCUCCACAGUUACCAGAGCAGCAAGACUAAGCAUGAUGAACUGGCUUUUUUCUAGCAAGCUUAUCUUGUGCGUUUUCCUAAUGGUUUCUUAUGUUCAUUUUCUAUAGGCUGCAAAAUGUUGAUUCCUGUGCCAACAAAGGAGAAAAAAAAGUGUCUUUUUUUAAACUUAAUGCUGGAAAAAAUCAAUUGCUUUUAUGCCAUUCCCUUCCUGUGCAAUAUCUAAAUUUUAGAGUCACAUGGCUCUCCUUUCGCCUACGCUAACGCAAACCCACGUAGCCGCACUGACUGCAGUGCGACUUAACCGGAAUACUGUGGUCGAGUCCUGUUUGUGGACUUCCUUGGUGUGGAAAUUGAAAGGGGAGUGACACUCAUGUAUUUACAGCAAGGAGCAAGAGGAAAACCUGAAUCUUUUCUGUGCUGUUUCGCAACUGUGAAUAGAUCUGUAGAUUUAAAUUGUACUGUGGAUUUUAUUGGCAAAGACCUGAAGAGAGACUUGAGCUGAAGCAAUUUUGAAAGCAAGAGAAAGAGGAUUAUAGUCUUUUGAAACAAGCGUUCCCUUGAUAAGCAUGUUUAUCCCCUUGCAGCAGUAGGAUACAAUGCCCAGUAGAGGGUGUGUGAGUUUAAAAAAAAAAAAAAAAAUUUGCUUAUUUUCUCAGUCCUAAGGAAAAGUCCUGGAAAGGAACUUGAGCUGGACAAGCAUUUCUGCAUUAAUAACAAUAAAUAUUUCUCUGGAAUUGAGAUGA